AUGGAGUCCAGACCUCUAGAUGUUUCUCAGGAUCCUACUUCUCCCUAUUACAUCCAUCCUUCUGAUAAUCCAGGGAUGAGAUUAGUGUCUGAUAAGUUUGAUGGUAAUGGUUAUGGAGACUGGAAGAGGUCCAUGAUCAUUAGUCUCUCUGCUAAAAACAAAUUAGGUUUUGUUGAUGGAUCUAUAGUUAAACCUUCUGCUGAAUCUGUUGAGUUUAAAGCUUGGGGGAGGUGUAACAGUAUGCUUAUCUCAUGGAUCCUUGGAGUUUUAGAUCAUAAUCUGGACAGAAAGCAGGCUAUUAAUGUACUUACUCAAGGUGCUGACAAUGUGUCUACCUUUUACACUAAGAUCAAGAGACUUUGGGAUCAGCUUGAUGAUGUUGAUCCUUUGCCUUUUUGUCAUUGUUCAAACUGUACAUGUCUCAUUGCUCAGAGGUUAUUGAAGUCACAGCAGGACAAACGUUUGAGGCAGUAUUUUGUUGAUGCAACCUCUUCCUCUUCUAUCUCAUGCUUGAUGCAAGAAGAAAAGCAUAUACAGUUGUACAAGGAUCCUAGGCCUUCUUCUGCUAGUGAUUCUGCUGAUGCUAUGGCAUUUGCUGAGAGGAAUCAAUUAUACUGUGAUCAUUGCAAGAUGCCUGGUCAUAGCAUGCAGAGGUGCUACAAGUUGCAUGGAUAUCCUCCUAAUCAUUUCAAGAAUGAUGAUAAGAACAAGAAAAUUGCAGCUGUUCUUCAAUCUAAUGAUUCUGUACCUGAAUACACUUUUGAUGAUCAAGGCAGAAUGGUUAUUGCAGCUGAUCAAACUCAGCAUAUUAUGCAUAUGUUGAUUCAACAUAAACCAGUUUCAGACAGUACAGUUGGACAGAGCUCUUCUUCUGCUAAUGUUGGCAAAUUUGCUAAUGUUGCAGGUAAAUUUUGUCUAUUAUCCUCUAACCUUAACAGUUGGAUAAUAGACAAUGGGGCCACAGAUCAUAUCAGUCAUGAUAAGAGUCUAUUCUUAACCUGGAAUUCUUUCAUUGGUGAUGAUAAUUUCAUUACAAUUCCAGAUGGAAAGCAAGUUCAUAUUACUCAUAAAGGAGAUGUUCAAUUAACUGAACACAUUAUUCUAAAAGAUGUGCUCUAUGUAGAAGAUUUUAAGUUCAAUCUUAUAUCUAUUCCAAAACUUUGUUUGGAUUUGAACUGUACUGCUUCUUUUACUAAUGAUACUUGUAUCAUUCAGAGUUCUUCAAUGCAGCCACAAGUUCUUGGUAAAUUGAAGAAGGGCUUAUAUCAUUUGGAGGAUGUGGAGACCAGGAAGUCUGUUUCAGUUCAGUCUGGGAAUAAGGUUGCUGCAGUUUCUUCUGCUUCUGAACAAACUAUCAAUAACACCAAACUCUGGCAUCUCAGGAUGGGUCAUCUUCCAGUUGAGCAACUAGAGUAUGUCUCUUCUUUUCCUUUUGACAAUAAUAAACCUUGCUUAGGUGAUAUUUUUUGUCAAAUAUGCCCUGCUGCUAGGCAAAGUAGGAAAUCAUUUCAUUCUAGUUCAAUAAAAACCACUGUUCCUUUUCAGUUGUUGCACUUGGAUAUAUGGGGACCUUAUAAAGAAGUCACUCAUAAUGGUUGUAGAAUCUUUCUUACCAUUGUUGAUGAUUAUACUAGGAUGUCUUAG